ACGAAGACUGAACCCUAAAAUGUUAAACCCUCCUCGUGUCUCUGUGUAUAGACUCUAAACAUCGAGGAGGAGAAAGAGCGAAAAUGCCGCUCUAUGAUUGUAUGCUUCUAUUUAAACCAGUUAUUCGAAAGGAAUCUCUCAUGGAUCUGGUUGCGCGCGUCGGAAGACACGUCUACAGCAGAAAUGGCGUUCUCACUGAGAUCAGAUCCUUUGGGAAGGUCGAGUUGGGUUAUGGCAUUAAGAUGCUUGAUGGACGACACUACCAGGGCCAACUGAUGCAGAUGACGAUGAUGGCUACACCAAACAUCAACAAAGAGCUUCAGUACCUAAACAAGGAAGACAGGCUACUGCGUUGGCUCCUCGUUAAGCACCGAAAUGUUAAAAUCGGGAAGGAUUAUAUGAGCGACGUCCAUGACGUGAAGACCGAGCUCGGCAAAUUUUAUGGAGAGUCUUCGGAGGAUGAGGAAGACGAGAGCGAUGAUUUCGAAUACGAUGAGCUCGAGAACGAAGAGUGGAUGAAAAACGUAUGAAAUAGGGGAUGGACCCAUUGUACUUUUGGAUCGAGCUCAGCAAAUCUUUGGGUCGGGUUACAGGCGAAUAAUCUGCAGUUAUCUAAAGACGGUGAAAUCUUGAUUUCAUCCUUUAUUGGGUCUUCGUGAAAUAUUUCGGGCAGAUAAAUACAUGAAUUUGAAUCCUA